GACGACCAACUUGCUGCGCGCACUCGAGAACCGCCCCACCUCGACAACCCAGCAAAAUCACAAAUCGCGAAUAUGGCCGACGCUGCACCCCCAGCCCGUGGAGGAUUCGGAGACCGUGGACGUGGAGAUCGUGGCCGUGGCCGUGGUCGUGGCCGUGGUCGCCGCGGAGGAGGCAAGUCUGAAGAGAAAGAAUGGCAGCCGGUUACCAAGCUUGGCCGUCUGGUGAAGGCUGGCAAGAUCAAGAGCAUGGAGGAGAUCUACCUACACAGUCUCCCCAUCAAGGAGUACCAGAUCGUGGAUUUCUUCCUCCCCAAGCUCAAGGACGAGGUCAUGAAGAUUAAGCCUGUACAGAAGCAAACCCGUGCUGGUCAGCGUACCCGCUUUAAGGCCAUCGUUGUUAUCGGUGACUCCGAAGGCCACAUUGGUCUUGGUAUCAAGACAUCCAAAGAAGUUGCCACUGCUAUCCGCGCAGCUAUCAUCAUCGCUAAGCUCGCUGUCGUCCCGAUUCGAAGAGGUUACUGGGGUACCAACCUUGGUGAGCCACACUCUCUGCCAACCAAGGAGUCCGGCAAGUGUGGUUCCGUCACCGUCAGACUCAUCCCUGCACCUCGUGGUACCGGUCUCGUCGCUUCACCCGCCGUCAAGCGUCUGCUUCAGCUCGCUGGUGUCCAAGACGCCUACUCCGCCUCCUCCGGUUCGACCAAGACGCUUGAGAACACCCUUAAGGCUACCUUCGUCGCGGUCACAAACACAUACGGUUUCCUUACUCCUAACCUAUGGAAAGAGACCAAACUCUCACGCAGCCCGCUCGAGGAGUACAGUGAUGUGUUGAGAGAAGGCAAGAGAUAUUAAGCGACAAUAAAAGGAGUCACCGUUUCUUCUGGUAUUGCAUGUUGGAGGCGAGAUGAAGGCAAAUAGGUCUUAUCUGGUCUCUGGGAGAGCUGUUUCUCUACCCUUAAAAUAAGCUCGAAAGAAUGCUAAAUCCAUACCGUUCAUAAUUUUGACUACCUGGUGCGCUAUUGAUUUCAUGAAGAACAGGAAACUUUGCUUGUACUUUCGUCAACUGUGGCAGGUUGCUCUGGGAGGAAUUGUCCCAAGUGCAUUUGAGUCUCGACAGUCCGUAGUUCGCAAACCUAGGUGUGCGGUCAAGACGUUGUUCCAUGUGAGGACGAUCACGAGCAAGACUCUGCGUCCCAUUCCGCUGACACUGCACAUUGUAUGCAUAUAGACAUUCC